GAAGAUACCAGUAAACUUGUGUUUGAAUUGCUAGGAUCAACUUGAAGACCCUAACCCUAUUACCUUCGCCGUUUUUGGGGGUGCAUUUCAAACGUCAACAACGCGGGCCAUCGUCUCUUUCAAAGUUUCACCAACAACUUUUACUGUUAUACUGUGGCGACAGGUACUCAGAGCUGGAAUAGUUCAAGCGUACGAUGUCUGCCGGAAUGGGAGAAUCUAUACGAACACGAGCAAUAACAUCCACACUGACUGCGCGCUUGUCCCCGACCGUCCCAUCUGCUUCUCAAACUUAUGAACUCCUUGUCAGAUCCGCCCUUCGACAACGACUCACUCACAACAUAUUCGUGUUCUCCGCCGCAUUUACCCUAGUCGUCAGCAUUCUUCUGGGUGGAGAGGAUGAGACGAGCGCUUUCGCCAGGUUGCUUUCGCCCGGAACUUGGAUGAUGGCGUGCCUCAAGUGGUUCGUUGGUGUGUUGCCCGUGAUUGCCAUGAGGAAGGUUUAUCUUACCUCUGCCGCCACACCGGCAACUUCACCAGCCAAAAUACUCACGAAUGCUAUUUCAAAACCAAGCACGCGACGCUGCUGGGCGGUGUACAUGUCAUGUACAUUGAUGCUGAUCACGCUCUACAUGAGCUCGUUUACAUCGGAAGAACGUGAAAAUCUUCGUUUGAAUGUCUUCGUAAAGUCGAGGAAACAUCCUUAUUACCUCAAUGGCCGACUGCUCUUCCUCAUCCUGGCCCAGUUGUGGCUAGCUACUAGUUUCUUGCUUCGAAACAUCAUGUUGGACCGUUUCGUGUUCAGGUGGACGAAAAAUGUAAAUUCCUCGGAACUUCCAUAUGCCACGAGCAAUGUUCUGAAGCAGAUUUUAACAAUGGCUCUCUUCACCUCAUUUUCAUUGAUGCUAUAUGGCGUCGCUUUUGGUUUAUCGCGGAUGCUUAUCCUUCCACUACUCUUAAAGCUUCCGGUGGUGAGCAGUAUCAUCCGGCCGUUUGUUGCACAUUUUGCAAAGGGUACAUGGACUCUAACUCUACCUAUAUUACACUGGUCGCUUUUGGUUCGAUCGUUUAUGAUGGGCUUUGUGACUCUGAUGAGUUGGGAGUUCGCGGAGUCGCUAUUUGAUGCGUAUGUUCCCCAGCCGAUCAAAGUUGGAGCCCUUACUGCAGAUCCCAAUGUGACAGUUGUAUCGGGGAUUACGACUCAAGACACGGUGUUCGCACACUUUGCAUACUCUGAAUUAGCAGACCUCGCUUCGGACGAAUCCUCGGCAGGGAGCGCCCGUAGAAUAGCCCUAUUUGGUGACCAAAAAUAUAGCCCGAGCUUGUGGAGCGUCCUAGCCCGUCAAUCUCUCCUCCGUCUUGGACAGGAUUAUCAAACAUUCCUGCGACGCGGCGCACCGAUCACCCCUCCUGUCGUUGUAGCACCAACAAUCCCCAAACCCAAGGAUCCACCAUCGACCCCUCUGAUUCGAAAGGCCAUUUUCAAGGCUCCGCGACAAUCUCCUCUUAGCAGUAUGCUGGAUUCGGUUUCGUCGGAUUCAGAGCUCUCGAAAGCUGCUGAGGCUGUGGCAGGUGAAAUGGAGGAACGUGCUAGCCAAAUGCACAUUCCAGAGCUCUUUCGGUCUGUGGCGCCGUCAUCUGCGGCUGCCCCUUCCACCGAUGCCGUCCCGGCUAAACCUGCAUCGAAUGUCAUGUCCAGCUUUAUUGCACAGGUAAAAUUGCGUAGUGGGGAUCUCGUUGUGGGCUAUUGUCCAAUUUGGUUGAAGGAGUCGGCGAUCAGAUGGAAUAAAUGGUUUUAUCGAGAGCGCUUGAAUAAGGUCGUUGAAGUUUGCUUGCCAAAUAGGGAGCUUGAUGCACUCAUUAUUGAAGCGCUAUCGCACUUCGUCUGUGCUUCCCUGAGCGAAGAUCGGUAUGGUGUGGUUCAAAGGGACAUACCACGCAUCAUCGAAGCUUUCCUCUCGUUUUUAUCUGCAAUCGAACAGUAUCAGAUCGAGGUGAACGCGAAGUACACACCACCGACGCCUGAUGAACUCUCUCAAGGCGACACUAAAAUAUUGGAGGAAAAAGAGAUGAUGCGUUUAGAAGUUGCCAGGGCCUCUGACGUACUGGUUGUUGUUUCAGAUGCACUAAAAACUGGGGUAGCAAACAUUUCGCGGACGUUCGGUGAUAAGCUAGUUGCUUUCAAGUUUCCUCCUCGGACAGCACGGAAGCUACAGUCAUUUGUUGACUACACUUAGAGUUGGAGUCGUAUCUCCAUGUCCUCUAAAUCCCAGGCGCCCUGUGACCGCUCUCGUACCAUACGUCAUCACGUGAGGUAAUAAUGGCAAUGCAACUGAGGGCAAGCGGUCCCCACUGUAUUUAUCCUUCCGAACGUCAGACCAUCUAUCGUAAUCAAUCAUCCUGUUUGCCGUUUGCUAUUCACACAUACACUCAGCCAAAUAAAACAUGCGAGAUUUUUUUUUUCAAGAA